AUGGGGCAGGAGGGACGCGGCGAGCUAGGCGGAGGCGCGGCGUGCGGGCGCCUGCGGUCCAGGGCUGGCGCUCAGAACACCGGCCCCCGGCGGCACCGAUUGGGCCGGGUCGGCCUCGGGCGGAGUGCGGCGGGAGGGGGCGGAGUGCGGCGGGAGGGGCCGCGCGCGCCUGCAGGUUGGCGCAGUGAGGAGGCCGAGGACUGCGAGUCCGGCCGCCGCCCCUCCCGCCGCGCCCAGGCGGGCGGCGGAUCUCCCUUCCGCAUCCUUCCCUCAGCAGGGCUCCGUCUCUUCCCCUCGGAUUUUUUACUCGAAAGCUAA